AUGAAUGAAACAGAGAAAAAAGUUUUACAAAAAGAAAUCAAUGAAGGUUUUGACAAAUUUCGAGAAAUAACCCAAAGAGAUGAUGUAGACUUAAUUGUAGUGGAUGAAGUUUUAGACUGUAUUUACAAUAAAUAUUUGUUUAAAGAAGUUCCUGAAGAAAUUUUAAUCAAUAUUCUUAAAAAUAAAAAACCUCAUGUAGAUAUUGCUUUAUCAGGUCAUAAUCUAAGUGAUAGUCUGAGAGAGGUUGUAGAUGUAAUUUCAUGGGUUAAACUAGAGAAACAUUAUUUUUAUAAAGGAGUGAAAGGCAGAGAAGGAAUUGAAUAUUAA